AUGGUUGGUCGCACUGCUCUGUUUGCUCUUGCGCUUGCGCCUUUUGCCGUAGCUCAGGUCUCUGAGGGAUUCGAGCAAGGCUGGAACCAGACUACCUGGACCACGUAUGCGCCUGACUGCAACCAGGGUGGCAAGGUCACCCUCGACACGACCACUGCCCACACUGGAAGGAACUCAAUCAGAGUUGAUGGCGCUGGUGGCUACUGUGGACAUAUUUUCGUGGGCACGAACAAAGUUCCUACCGGGGAUGUCUAUGUCAGGACCUACUUCAAAGCCGCAAAGGCAUUCACCGACUCCCAUGUUACCUUCAUCACCCACCCAGAUCCUGCUCAAGGCACUAACAAGCACCUGCGCAUUGGCGGCCAAUCGAAGAUCCUCAUGUACAACCGUGAGUCUGACGACGCCACUCUUCCGGACCUCUCGCCUCAGGGCAUUGCAUCGUCGGUUUCAGUCCCAGUCAACACUUGGCGCUGUCUGGAAUACCACUUGGGCACGGAUGGUAGUAUCGAGACUUGGUUCAACGGCACUGCUGUUGCCGGCCUGACCUCCAAGCCAGGUGUGAGCAACCCGAACGCUGCGCAGUGGCAGAGGAGCAGCAUCAAGCCAAAGGUUACGGGUGUUUACUUUGGCUGGGAGAGCUACGGUGGCGACACAAACACAUUCUGGUAUGACGACAUUGUGGUCAGCAACAAGAAGAUUGGUUGUUAG